CAUAUUUUCCAUUCCAACAAAUCAAAAACAUUUAUUUUCUCGUCUCUCUCUGUUUCAAAGCAUCAAAUAAUCUAUCACAAAUUCUAGCUUUCUGAUUCUAACCAAAUCCUUAAAGAAAAAUGGAUCACAAUUUGCCAAUAAUAGCAAAGAAAUUCUGGAACAUAGUACGAGUAGCUUUCUUCAUGCUAAAAAAAGGCAUAUCAAAGAGAAAGUUUAUGCUGGAUUUCAACUUAUUUAUGAAGCGUGGCAAAAUUGCUAGCAAAGCCGCAAUUCACGCGCCGGCCACCACUGACGACGACGUUUUUGUGAUGAAUGCGGCUGUUGUGAAGGCAUUGGAGAUGCUUCAGAGCGCAAAUGCAUCGCCGGCUAAUGAUUUGCCGGGAUUUGGGAGGACUCCGACGGUGAGGCAACUGAGGGUCACCGACUCGCCUUUUCCACUGAGAGACGUUGAAGAUGAUAGCCAUGUUGAUGAGGCUGCUGAAAAUUUCAUUUCAAAAUUCUACAGGGAUUUGAGGCGGCAGGCUUCUCCUACUCCUAAUUGAUGCAAAUAUUGAGAAUUCAUGCAUGUGGAUGAUGGCCAUCAAUGCAAUAAAGAACGAAGAUUUGGAGCACUAUGAAGAUUGUAUAUGCUUAUUGCAUGUAUAAAUUUCUGCUUUCAUGGGAGUUUUUUUUUUCUUUUUCUUUUUGGGGUAUUUUUGAAAUUUUCAAAAAGAAAAUGUACUUGGUACUAGUAUAUAGAUGUGAUGGAAUUUUUCCAUGUAUUCUUUUUUUUGAAUGCUAUGAAAUGUUCAGAGGCUUAAGUCCCGACUUGAUCAA